CUUCCGGUGAAGAACCAGCCCUGAAAUGUUGUCAGAGCGUUAACCUUAUAGUUCAUGCUCUUCUUUGGUUGUAAUCUGUAGAAUAACGAGCUCAGAAGCUUAUAAAUAUUACAAGCGACCCCUGUUAAAUUCUACAGCUCCGACCGUCAGUCUUCCAGCAGUGAGUCUGAUUUGUCUGGUGUUUGUCGGCCAUAAGGCUCCAUGAGGGUGGAGGGGACCGCGGAGGGGACCGGGGAAAGGACCGGGGAGCCCACCGGGGAGCCCACCGGGGAGGCGGCCGUGGGCCGGCGGGUCUGCAGCGCCGGGGAGCGGGCCACGGUGCGGUACGUCGGCCCGGUGCCACCGACCGCAGGGCUGUGGCUGGGUGUGGAGUGGGAUAACCCAGAGAGAGGCAAACACGAUGGAAGCCAUGAAGGAGUGCAGUAUUUUACAUGCAGACACCCUAAAGGAGCUUCCUUUGUCCGUCCUGCAAAGGUGAGUUUUGGCGUGGACUACCUAACGGCUGUGCAACGGCAGUAUGAGAUCAACAUGGACAAAGUGCUGAGUCAGGAGAUUUCCAUUUGUACCAGGAAGUUAAACUGGUCGGAUGUUGAGGAGCGAAGAUUGGAGGAUCUUCCGUCAGUGGUGCUGGCCAGGGUGGAGGUGAACGGGCCUGGGCCUGCUGGAGAAAUCAGGAAAACAACACCCAAUGUUUCCUGGCUGGACCUGACCAGGUCUCUGCUCUGCUGCUGGGAAGACGUGGCCGCCAUCACAGAACAGCUGGACAAACUGGAGCGACUGGAGCUCAGCCAGAACCGGCUGAGUUUGCCCUCUGACCCCUCAGCUCACUGCCAAGCGUUCUGCAACCUCAAAGUCCUCGUCCUCAACAACUGCAGGAUCACCUGGCCGCAGAUUCUGGAGUGCGCCCCCAUGUGGCCUCAACUGGAGAAUCUGUCCGUAGAAGAAAACGACAUUACAGAGCUGCAGAGGCCGGAGCGAGUGCUGCAGUCACUGAAGCAUCUCAGCCUGUCCAGUAAUGCCUUAGUGCAGGACACUGUGCUCAGCUUAUCUGCCCUGCCCAGACUGGAGUAUCUCAACCUGAACAAUACUGGACUGUCAAGCAUUCAAUUUGAAGAUGCUGCUCCAGGGUGUGAAACGGCCAUGUUUUCAGCUCUCAAGGACCUCAACCUGCGCGACAAUAACAUCACAGAGUGGUGUGUAAUCAACGAGCUCUCCAAACUUCCCCGUCUGGAGAAGCUUGUCUGCCUUGGCAACCGGCUGGUGACCAGUGAUAUGAACUAUAAGACGGCCAAUCAGCUGUUUAUCGCCAAACUGGAACACCUGGCCUCCCUCAACAACUGUGAGGUGAAAGCUGAAGACAGACGGGGGGCAGAGCUGGACUACAUGAAGAUGUUUGGAGAGGACUGGCUGAAGGCCGGAGGACCGGGUCAAGCCAGCGCCGAGUUCACCAGCGAGCACCCACGCUACCAAAACCUCAUCAACAAGUAUGGAGCCCCAGAUGAAGACUUGCUGAAGAAGCCAAAGUCUUCUGCCCUGAAGAAUCAGCUUCUGAACAUUACGUUUGUGUUUCCUGAUGAUGCCGAGCGAAAGCCAGUAGAAAAGAAACUUCCAGCUUCCAUGGACAUUCAGAAGGUGAAGGGGUUUUUGUAUCGACUGUUAAAGGUCCCAGCAGCCGACCUGAGGCUCAGCUACACCAGCAACAAGAAGGAGGGGAGAGAGUAUGAGAUGGAAAGCAACUUGAAGACGCUGCAUUUUUACGCCAUCGAGGAUGGAGACCAGGUCCUGGUCCGCUGGUUCUGACCCGACCAAACCUCUGACCUCUGACCCGGAGCUGCUGCUGCUGCUCCACAUGGACAGCAGCCUCACGCCCAGCCUUUACUGCAGAAGAUGCUCUUCAAAAUGACCAGUCCAGGUUUUCUUGCUGGACUUAGUACAUCCUCUGGUUAUCAAUCCUAUGGCAGAUCAAAUCUGGACCAAAACUUGCGUUGUGCAAUUCCAUUAAUCACCUAAAACAAUAACGGUCGGCUGGCCAAGACAAAUCCCCAGCGCUGCAGUGGAUGCUGGAGGAGGAUGCUGGAGGAGGAUGCUGGAGGAGGAUGCUGGAGGAGGAUGCUGGAGGAGGAUGCUGGAGGAGAAUACUGGAGGAGGAUGCAGGAGGAGGAAACUGGAGGAGACGGG